GGGUGGAGGACCAAGUCCAUUCUGCUCAGAGUGUGAUGGAGAUCUCGCAAGAACACCUCGUGCUGUGCAUGCAGGGAAAUGAUUACCCGAUCGAGACAAUCCGAUGCAAAAUCCACGACCGUCCAUGAGCAUCCAUGACUAUCCAUGCCCGAUGCAGCAGCUCAACCUAGUUCCAGUUAAUAAUCAGUCAAUCUGCAAUCACAGUGGCAGACCACGGUUGGAGUCGAUUACUCCUCACUCCUCACCAUGUUUCCCCACCUUGCCCACUUAGCCCCAGGGCUCAAUUUACUCUUUGGCCGUUAUAAAUGAUCACCGGAGAGAACUGAGCACCUCAGGCUCAUCACCAGACCAUCCUCCAAGGCUUUCUUGCUUACCCUCUCUCUACACCCUCUAUAUCAAAUAAAAAUUAUUUCUGACGAGAGACCAAAGUCCGUUGAAAAUGCCUCUCACCCUUGACCCUGAGUUCGCCCAGGCUGCGGACUGGCUCCUCUCGGCAAUGGCAUCAAAGUCCCCUCCUGCAGUCCACGAUGUUCAGGCCCGCCGUGUUGGGAUCACUGCCAACUAUGCAGCCAUGUUCGCAAAGCUGCCUGCUGCGCCCGAUGUCGAGCAAUCUGUGCACCAGAUUCAAUCCUUCGACGGGAAACCGAUCUCUGUGUAUCGAUUCGCAAAGAAAACCGCCGCGUCCACAACACCGGGCCCGGCGGUCUUACAUACGCACGGCGGCGGGAAGAUCCAGGGGGACGUCGAGUUGUUUACGAAGAUGCUGGCCCUGCAAGUGCAGCACACGGGGGUUCAAGUGUUCUCGGUUGACUACCGAUUGGCUCCGGAGAACCCGCACCCAACGCCGUCCGAGGACUGCUAUGCCGGGCUGACAUGGGUAUACGAACAUGCGGCCGAGUUUGGCGUGGACCGCAGCCGCAUUGCCACGAUGGGCGAAAGUGCAGGCGGGAACUUGGCCGCGGCGUUGGCUCUGAUGGCCCGGGACCGCGGCCUGUCUCCGCCCCUGGCCAAACAGAUCCUGAUCUACCCCAUGCUGGAUGACCGCACCACGACGCCGAUUCCUCCCUUGGAGCCUCUCGCGCUGUGGAACAACGAUGACAACAUCACCGCUUGGACCGCUCUCCUGGGAAAUGACAUCGGGACCGACAAGGUCUCGCCAUACGCCGCGCCCGCCCGCGCAACCAGCGUGGAGGGCUUGCCACCGACUUACAUCGACGUUGGUGAACUGGACAUCUUCCGCGAUGAGGACAUUGCCUUUGCGGCGAGAAUCGCAGCGGCCAACAUUCCCUUGGAGUUCCACGUGUACCCGGGCCUGCCCCAUGCGUUUGAGGUGUAUGCACCUAAUAUCGAGGCUACCAAGAGAGCCGUUGCAGACCGAUACCGGGCAAUUUCCACGUUGUAGAGGGUUGAAACAGUAAGCCUCGGCCAAAAUACAUGUUACAUACAUAUGUUGGUUGGCCAGCCGUUGAGACGAAGAGGAGCCACAGGGAGCCAUGCAGGUCGGAUUUGCCCAUUUCAUGUACAUAAAUUCUUGCUCGGUUACAUAGACCCUCAAUGAACAGUUGGCGAA